CAUGUCGGAGCUGCAGCUUUAAUUAAAUAAAUUAACUAAAUUAUUUUAAUUAAUCUCUGACAUUAAGUGUCAUCAUUAUCAGCAUGUGGCGCUUCAGACGCUUCGUGUCGGCGGCGGUUCAAAGUCAGUAUGCGGGACAGUCUGGCUUAUUCCGCCGCCAGUGCACAUGUUGCUGGCGGAGCCGGGUUCCCGUGGCAGGAUUCGAGACCCUGGACAGCACCCUGACCUCCGUGUCCGCGCCCUGCAAAGACGACAAAGGACCGCUGGACGCGUUCUACACCUCCGAGCAGCGAGACGCCAUCCUUCAUCGGCUCAACACCGCCACGCUGGCUGAGCUCGCCGUCGUCAAGCUCCUGAGAGGACGCAAGUCUGUCAACAUUGUGGAGUACAGGACUAAGAACGGACCCUUUAAGACUCUGGAGAGCGUGGUGAACGUGCCGCUGCUCAAGCACAAAAGCGCCGUGACGGUCUUCAACUCGAUCCUCAACCCGGUGAAGAAGGAGAGGAAAGUGAGGAUUCAGCUGGCCAAGUUCAUCAGGCCGGAGAUCGACAGGUCCUGGCUGGAGGAUGCCAGCUCCAUCGUGUCACUCGUAUGUGGAACUAAUAAGAUCGCCUGGACUCACGUGGACCGCGGGAUGACCGUGCUGGACUGGCAACAGACGGAGUGUCCAAACUUCUUGAGGGGGACUUACAUGGCUUCUGCUUACUUGAACGACGUCUCCGUUGUUGUCGAACUCCUCCCGUCAGCUGACUUCUACAUAAUAGAGAAAUCCUCCAUCUCGGUCCAGAACACGGCUCUGUUCCCGGUCAUGGCCCACAUGAGGACCGUGGAGGCCAUGCUGUUCGCUCUGCUCGAGCCCAGAAACUCGUCACCCGAGUCCAACAUUCCUCCCAGGGUUUUGAACAUGAUGCGUACCGCCGUGGGACGUCACUUUGGACUCAUGGUGGGCGAGUCGCGGACCAGCGGGGCACAGACGGUCCGACAGCUGAUGACGGAGUCGGUGACGCAGAAGCUUCCCAGGAUAAACUUCCCCCCCGAGCUGCUGGUGAAGUACAGGAAUUCUUUCCAGAUGGGCAGCAGGCAAGGAGGCGAGGAGCUCUGCGACGCUCUGCUGCAGGCGGUGGCUUUUUACGAGCUCCUCAGUGAAACUUCCAGUUAGCCGACACGUGGACCGACCUCAUCCCGCGACCAGCUGUACCCAGUGAAACGAGCCCGAGGGACCCUGAUGCACAUUCUUCAGAUGUUUACUCAUGAACAGAUUUGGUGUUCGGUUAUGUUACAUCAAACACACUAAUACGUUUUUCUGGAUGCUGAAGGUUGCUGCUCUCGUGCAUAAAGUAACAGCUGCUGGAUUUUUGUUUGCAAUAACUCGAAGAUAAACUGCACCGACGUCGACCCACGUCAGCACCUGGACGAUCAGAGUGUUUUUAUAUUCUUUAAAAACGAUGAACAUGAUUUACAAAAAUAGAAUUUUUUUAUUCACUUUUCCUGGUUGGACGUAUGCGUAAAUAAAAACAGAUUUCUCAUG